CUCAAUCACUGCUAUCAGCUAGACAACAGCAUCCAACACAACCAUCCAUUUCUGUUCCACCUGCAUCUGUUCCACGGUUGACCUUCCAAUCGAAGGCAAUGCCAUUGCCACUUUCAGAACCACAAACUAAGGGCUUUCUGAAUCUCCAAGUUCCUUCAGUAACACCUAUACAAUCGUCCCAGAUUCAAAAUAUAUCUCAACCCAACCUUGCUGCUCCACAUUACUCAAAUCUUCCAUCCCAUAUGCCGAUGAUCUCUGUACAUCCACAGCAAACUUUGCAGAAUCCUGGACUGUUCAAUCAACUCCUGCAGCCGCCGUUACCACUGCAGCCUAGACAGGUUGCAAUGCAACCUUUCGCUCUUCAGUUUCAUCCACAGAUGCCUCACUCGCUUGGUCUUCAACCAUCCAGUGCACCUCAACAGCUUUUAUCACAACCCUUGUUUCACUCAGGUAUCACACCUCCAUCCUCCUUCCCACAAGGUCAGGCACCACUUCCAAGUCAGCCACCACAGCAUCUUUAUCAGGUGCAUAUAUUCUCCUGCUUCGUGAACAAAAUGCCUGGUAAUUUUGUAUGGUGUAGAAUUUUUAGCAAUGAAAAUAACAUGAGCAAACAAGCUAUGAGUGGUGAACACGAGAAUGUUGAGUUAUAUUGGACAUAUUAGAUUGGUUGAGCAGUAAACAUGUAUCUCUUGACAAAGUUAUGAACAUGGUACUACAUCACGGAAUACAGUUCAACAAUAAUCGAUAUCAAUUGAUAAAAAAAAAAAUUAAGCACUCCACCAACC